UGGGCUUUUCAGGGACUUUGGGUGGGUGUUGGGUUCUGCGGUGUGGGAGGGCUACCAGGUCACAGGACAAGCCAGAGUUCUCCUCAGUGAGCAGCGCGGACGGCUGCGGACCUCCCACACCUGCGAUCCAUGUCUCUCAUGGCCCCGCGGUCCCGCAUCGCUCCGCUUUGCAGCCUGAGAGCUUUCUAACAGCCUUAGUUCCCUCCUGCCCCCCAGGUCUUUCACAUCCUGUUACCUAAACCACGGCAAGAAUGACAUUACAACCAUAGGUACAUAUUUAAUCUUGUGCUACACCCUCAGGUGUUGCUCCUCAGCCUUUUGGGGCAUUCCCAGUUUCCUCUAAUGAGCCUCACGCCAACCCCCACAUGCUUUCCUCGUCUUCAGAUUUGUCUGCCUGGCUCCUACUCAGCGCGGAGCUUGGCUGUUCUCUCAGAGUGUCACUUUUUGCUCCCUUGCUUCAUGCACACGCUCAAAUGUCCGGAGGUCUUGCAACCUUUCCUCAGUCACUUCAUCCUUAGCAUUAUCUGGUCUACCUCAUGCCUGUGAGGGUGUUCCUUAGAUGCUUGGCUAACACUAGAGAUGCUAGAAGAGAUGCUCUGAACAUCUCUAGGGACAACAGGGAACGAGGCUGACCCAGAUAAGACCAUUUUGAACUGAAGGACGGAAAAGAGAUGCGGCAUUGUGUAUUCAGACAUUUGGCCGCCACACCUGGGACUCUGUAUGUACCCCAUGUGUAGGUGUGGAGCUGGCUGUGGCUGUGGCUCCACGCUCCAGGGGAGGGCGGCAAGGAGAACUUGUAUUGGGGCUGGGGGUGUGGCUCAGUUGUGCUUGGGUAGCAUGCUUGCUCCCUGACACCACAUAACCUGCUUGUGAUCCCAGCACAUCUGUGGCUAUACAGCAGGUUUGAGGUUAUUUUGGGCACGAGAAUCCUGCCUUGGGCCACAUCUGGAGGGAACAAACGGCAGGAGAAACUAAGGGUGACUGUAUUACCGCAGGCCUUGGGCAGGCUCCUCAGAGACAGUGGUAUAUAGUCCAAGCUGUGGUUCCUUGGAUGAGCCCCUCCCCUCCCCCAACCUCCUCUCAUGUGAUUUUUGUUCUGUGAACCAUCACUGCCUUUUGCCCUGUCGUGAAGUUCCCUUCCCCAAGAGACCUGGGACUCUGGUGUCGCUGGGGCUAUACCACCCAGAAACUCAAUACAGAACCUGUCAGAGGCCAAGCUGACCCCAGUCUUUGGUUCACUAGUUAUGAGUCUACAAAGCUCAGAAUGUUAGGUUUCAUGCUUAUGAUGCACGUGACUCAAGACUAAAGCCAUGCCAUUUUCUCUAAAUUUCCCUGUUUAUACAUCUCAGCUUUAUGACAGCUACAAGCCACAUGGGAGGGAAAUGUUGGCUGCUGAGCCCUGCCAAGAGGAUGGCAGAAGGCAGGUGUUUUUAAUCUUUCCUCCAGGGAGGACCUGUGCAAAGUAGUUCAUGCCUACUUUGAGAAGCUGAGGUAAUAGAUUUGCCACUAGUUCAAGGCUAUGCUAGACUACUCAAAAUGAUUAAAAAAACCAAGACACAGGUCCCAGAGUUGGGCAAGGACUUAGCUGAGAGGUUGUAGGCAACUCACUUUGCUCCUGAAACAUGGCUAUGUGAGCCUAGCUCAGGUGCUCUCUCCCCACAGGGCCUCAACUAUGUCGCACAGGUUGAGCUGUGUGCUGUUGUGCAGCCUUGUGGCCCUACUGCUCAGCUGCCUGCUCUUUCUGAAGGAACACACACCAGCAGGGAGCUCCAAGGCCCACCAACACUUAGGGGUGCUGCCAGGGCCCCAGCCCAGCCAGUGCUUACCCAACCUAGCAAUUGCUAACACCUCCCUGUCCCUGCCCAGCCGCCAUCGCCUCUUCUUAACCUAUCGACACUGCCGAAGCUUCUCGAUCUUGCUGGAGCCUUCUGUGUGUGCCAGGGACACCUUCCUGCUCCUGGUCAUCAAGUCACAGCCUGGCCAUAUUGAGCAGCGUGCAGCCAUUAGAAGCACUUGGGGCCGGGCUGGGAGCUGGACUAGGGGCCGGCAGCUGAAACUGGUGUUCCUCCUGGGGGUAGCAGGACCUGUGCCCCCAGCCCAGCUGCUGGCCUAUGAGAGUUGGCAGUUCAAUGACAUCCUACAGUGGGACUUUGCUGAGGAUUUCUUCAACCUGACACUGAAGGAGCUGCAUGUGCAGCGCUGGAUGGCAGCUGCCUGCACACAGGCCCACUUCAUACUAAAGGGAGACGAUGACGUCUUCAUCCAUGUUCCCAACGUGCUUGAGUUCCUGGAGGGUUGGGAUCCUGCCCAGGACCUCUUAGUGGGGGAUGUCAUCCACCAGGCCCAGCCUAACAGGAACAACAAAGUCAAAUACUUCAUCCCCUUCUCCAUGUACAGGGCCCACCACUAUCCACCUUAUGCAGGAGGAGGAGGCUAUGUUAUGUCCCAGACUACUGUGAGGCGUCUUCACACAGCCAUGGAAGAGGUAGAACUCUUCCCUAUCGAUGAUGUUUUUGUGGGAAUGUGCCUGAAAAAGCUGGGGGUGACCCCCACACACCAUGCUGGCUUCAAGACAUUUGGAAUCCAAAAGCCCCUGAACCCACGGGAUCCUUGCCUGUACAGAGGGCUCUUGCUGGUACAUCGUCUAAGCCCCCUGGAGAUGUGGACCAUGUGGGCACUGGUGACAGAUGAGAGGCUCAAGUGUGCAGCUACCCCUAAACCCUAGCCCUGAGGGAUAGGUUGGGCAACAGCUUUUAGUGACAGCGAUUUCCUAUCACAGAAUGAGAGCAGGUCCUUGCUGGUCAGUAGGAAACACUCUUCAUUUUUAUAAUACCACCAACCUUAUUCGAUUAAAAGUGCUGAAACCUGGCAAACUUACCCAGUGUGUGCUGAAUGGGAGUGUAUGCUCCCAGGAAGGCCCAGGGCCCUUACGACUCCCACCAUUUAGGCAGUGAAGAAAAAACAUUGCAUGAGAACCCCAAAGACUUUUCUUUUCGUUUUUAAUGCAAACACCAAACUUCUCUUCUUUUGGACACAGAAACUCGAAGGAAGGAAUAAGAAGCAUGAGUUGGAGAAGGCCCUGUGGGGGACACCACAGGUGAACACUGUCAUGCUCUGAUCUGAGAAACUCCUUAACUGAGCUGUGCUCACAGGGACAAAGGACAUUAUCAACACAAAUCUUACAAACCAGGCUCCCUUCUUUGGAGCAAACAUUAAAUUAUACUUGAAAAUAUGA